AUGAGUUGCUUGCGAAACCAUGAAGAAUGGGAAUCACAAGCUGGAUAUAUCCAGACAGUGAUCGGAAAGAUUCGAAAUUUUGGUCUUUUCCCUCUGAUUGAUGCUAAUAUAUCGUACUAUAAUCGAUCAGAUUAUGAACGCGAUUUGGUCGAUCUCCUCAUCUACUUUAAUAAAAACGGAUCAACAACCGAGUGGCUGAUGCCAAUGUUUUUGUUCCGUGAUAACGACACUACCGUCAUGAAAUUCUCACAUCCGUCUCCCUCGUUAAGCAUCGCCUACACCUUCCAUCAAAAUUUCAAACUGGCUAUAGCUUUAUGCAUAAGGACAAAUUCUACAUGCUAUCUACAAAAACUAUUGAAAGAUGCAGUUAGUAUGCGUUUUCUGGCUCGAUAUAUCAACGAAUGUUUCUCCGAAGCAGAACUACAGUCAACAACGCUUGAAAAAUUGAAUGAAAGCUACUCAUCGGUUGACUUGUUCAAAUUUCUCGCUGAUGUGAGUCCGUUAGAAGUCCGACACCUUUUUCAAGAUACUCUUCUAGUCGAAGCCCCUCCUCUCGAAGCAAUAAAGCGGUUUGACGCUGAACUGAAAAGAAUUCCUAAAACUGUUAUUGUGAACACGAUCAUAAGCCAUUUUAUCUUCAACUCUUGUCGUGACUUGGAUGUGCGUUUCCAAAUGUUGUCGACUCGAGGAUAUGAUGAUGAAAGCGCAAAGCGAAUCAAAUCCGAUUUAAAAGAACUGGCGGAGUCGGAGUGCUUUCUAAAAACGCAAGAGAAGUUCGGACAAGCAUUGCUUGCAAGCUAUGCCAAUGCCGUGAACGGACAUGAAGCGCAGAAAGGUUUGGAGAAAGUCUAUAGUUACUUGAAAGAUGCCUUCAUUGAGCUGAUAAAUGAGAAACAACACUGGAGCAGCAAAAUAAAAAAGACAUUGCUAAAGAAAAUGGAAAAAAUGGGAAACAACCUUGGGUUUACCGACGUCGCUGUAGGAGAUUUGAAGGAGCUGGACAAGCUUUAUUUUGAGUAUCUUCGCGUGGAAAACAUAUAUGGCCUGCAUUUUUCGGAUAUGGAAGAUAUUUUCAACAGAAUUUCUCUCGUUGACGACUUUGCUACAUUAGAUGACAUCACAGCUGCCGAAGAUCAACGAAAAAGAACCGAGACAAUCUUGCUGCACGAACUGAACGCCUAUUACAAAUAUAAUGAGAACAGCUUAGUGAUCUCACCGACUAUGCUACAGUCACCUCUAUAUUCACCACGCCUUCCCAGAUUUUACCAGUUUGGGUUCGUAGGUUUUGUUAUUGCUCAUGAGAUGAUGCACGCAUAUGGAAAAGAGGCAAAUCGCAAUGAGUACGGCAAGCUAGAUAACAGUUUACCAGAAGAUUUUCUUACGAAACAUUCCUCAAACAUGCUGCUCACGCAAAAAAUGUAUGAAGAACCCCUGAAAAAACUAGGCUACUUUGAUUACAAAUUGCAAAUAACUGUAGAGGAAAAUUUCGCCGAUACUCAAGGAAUAAAGUUGAUUUACAAGGCUUAUCAGAAUGCGAAGAAGAGAGAAGGAUCGGAACUACGGCUCAAAAGCAUAGCUUAUCUAAGCGAAGACCAGUUAUUCUUUCUAGCUAGUGCUCAAUUCUUCUGUGCUCCCAGAAAGAUAGUGACCAAACAGAUGUUUAUAGACGAUCAAUUCGAAAAACAUUCUCCAAACAAACUGCGGGUCAACGUGGUGCUUGGAAAUAUGCCCGAGUUUAGUAAGGCAUUUCACUGUGCCCCAAACACUCCGAUGAACUCAGCAGUACAGCAAUUCCAAGUAUUUCUUUGA